CCCCGCCCUCCCGCCGCCCGAGGUCUACGGCGCGCCCCGCCUGGUGGGUGUGGUGCCGGCCGGCGAGGCGGCCGCGGACUCUGCACCCGCAGGUGCUUGCGUCUAGCUCCCAGCCCAGCCGCUCCUGCUCCUCCGCCGGCUCAUGGAAGGGGCCAGCCCCGCGCCGGCGGGAGACGACCUGGAGCUCUUCGUGCUCGAAGGGCAGCCAGAAGAGGGGGCUCCUCUCAAUGGAGCGGUCCAGGUCAUCCCUGCGGCCGACGGGCCCUGCCCAGCCCAGGCUAACAAGGAAAGCCCCUGGAGCUCCUGUAAUAAGAAUGUGUUUGGAAAGUGUAAACUGUGGAUGGUCAUCACCUUCAUUUUUAUAGUUCUUAUUAUAGUGAUCAUCAUAGGCUUAUGCCUCAGUGAAGUAACUUAUGUCGAUGAAGAUGAAAAUGAAAUACUUGAGUUAUCAUCAAACAAAACAUUCUUGGUCAUGCUAAAGAUUCCAGAGGAGUGUGUUACUGAAGAGGAGUUGCCUCACCUGCUCACUAAGAGGCUCACAGAUGUGUACAGUACAUCUCCGGCUCUGAGGCGUUAUUUCACUUCUGUUGAAAUAGUGGACUUCAGUGGUGAAAAUUCCACAGUGAUCUACCACCUGCAAUUCGGGGUCCCAUCGGAUAAUGAAAAUUUUAUGAAGUAUAUGAUGAGUGAGGAGUUGGUGCUGGGCAUUUUGCUACAAGAUUUCCAUGAUCAGAACAUCCCUGGUUGUGAGAGUCUGGGGCUCGAUCCAUCAUCCCUUUUGCUGUAUGAAUGAAGUUGUGGAGGUUGGUCUGUGUCUGAGAGCAGUGCUUCGCUGAGUUUGGGAGAUGAAGAGAAUUCAUUCUGUUUUGCUGACAAAAUCCUAUGGAUCCAUAUAGAAGUACCCGGCAAUGACCAGAGGGGUGGAGACUGGACAUUUCUUUCCCCAUUCUGCACAGUCACAAAGUCUGACUCAAUAUUAAGUGAAACCGCUCCUGAGCACUACACCCCACUGGUUCCAGUCUUGAUAGAGGUCAGCGAGCUUGCCAUAGCACAUGAGGUCGCUGCUAUUCUGGAAGCACCAGCUACUUCCACCCACGCGUAGACACUUUUUUUUUAGGACAGGGGUGGUGCACUACCUCUUCUUAGGCAGGUCCCCUUAGCAUGUGCUGUUGGAGCAGGGAGAGGCAGGCAGCCAAGUGAGGAAGACUGAGCCAGUUAGUCACUGAAAUCCCCUCCUCCCUCCCACCAUUAUGGUGGCUCUACCUCUAGACAGGUUGCAGAGAAAGGGCAAGCACUUUAUAGGACCUGAGUGGCGUAGCUAUGUGUCUGCUGCCGUGACCUGUCUGAGACGCCUGGAUAUCUCAGCAAACCAGCUGUAGGCACAUCGGCCUAAUGUAACUGUGACAUAGCUAUAUGUGUGUAUAUGUAUAUAGCUACAGAAAGAAGAUGUAUGUUUCUUAAUUAUUUUGUAUCUCCUCAUUAUUCCUGGGACUCCUGAAAACCUGUUUUGGAGUCCCUUUGAGUUUUGACUACAUUACUAUCAUUUUGAUAGUCACCCCAUUUAUAUUUUUGUAAACUUCCAGCAGAGAGUCGUGAGGACUGUUUCACAUCUGCUGUGGAUAUUACACACUAACUCUUUACUGCCCAGUGUUCCCAGGUAUUGAUUGUGUAUGUUAAUACAGAUGAUUGUAAUACCACCAAAAGAACCACCUUCCUUUGGAGAUAAACUGUUGGAAGCUUAGUGCAAGACCAUUUGAGAGUUUGCUUGGAGAACGUUAAUGACUGUACAGGUCAUCUGUGAAUAUAGAAUUUCCCAUCACCAGGGAACAGAGUAUUUGUUUUGUUGGGAAAAUUGCUUUGCUGGGAAUUUAUGGAGAGAAAGAGUUUUGUGGUCAUACAGUAAAGAGAUCUUUAAUGCCAUUGUUACUGGUAAAUCAUCUGUGGCUGGAGGCCCAUCCACAGGCUGGAUUUGACUUAUGCUCUUUAUGACACAGGGCUCCGGAUAAAGUGAAUUUACUUUCUUAUUUAACUAGAAGGUACAUGUGCUCUAGCUUAUUGUCUCAUUGUAAGAUAGUUCCUUAAACCGGUGACAUUAGUGGAUUUUCCUUCUUCCUCUUUAUUUUUUACAUGCCAUAUGUGAGCCUUAGUGUUUUUACUUUUUAGAAAAUAAUGAAAAAUUUCAAUGGAGAGGGAUUUAAACUAAGCACAAUAAAUUAUUUUUGCGUCUGCAUCGUUGCAUUCUCAUUUGUCUCAAAAGGUGUCGACUCUCCAGGGCUGUGCUUUGGGCUGGCCUUUUCGUGUGGUAAGUGGUGUUGGGAGAGAGUUUUUUCAUUUCCCUGAGGUGGCUUGAUCUUCUGAGAGAAGAAGAUCUGGCUGGGUAGGCCUGGGGCAGACUGGGUUCUCCACUCUGUCCCCGAGAGAGCAGGGCGAGGCCUUCCAUUCCCCACCUCUUCCUCUGAGAGCCCUCUCUGGGGCUGGACAGAAGGGCCUCCUGCGUUGAGUUUGGAGACAGGAUUUAGUUUUGUUUUUCCCUUCUGCUUUAGAAAGCACCAAGAUGCAAGUACGUCAGCUUGGGUUUUGACCACUCGUGUGUCAUAAAGAGGACUUUUCAUAGGUUUGGCUUUUUUGCCCGAGUAGGGUGGAAAGAACUGACCUUUAUAAUUAAAGCAUUGUGAGGUGUUUGAAAAAAAACAAUGGCCCUGACAUAUAUACACUGUUCUGCUAUGGGAGAGAAACUUAUUGGU